AUGGACAAAGUAUACACUGUAGCUCCAACUACAGUAGUGCCCAAAAAGGUAAGAUUUGUAGAUUUGUAAAUAAAACAUAUUAAUAUUAAAAAUAUUUAUACUUUUUUAAGUUUCAAAAUGUCAUAACUUUUAUAAUAGUACUAGACAAAGAGUGAAAAAGCAUUGAAAAUCAUCAAAAAAUUAACAUUUUGUGACAAAAACUUGUUUUUCAGCUUGAAAGUCUCAAUAAAAAUAAAAUUUUAGAAAAUUUUAAAACUUAAAAUUUAUUUUUAGUAUCUAAAAUAAUUAAAAAUAUUCAAAAAACUGCUUGAGACGGCCGAUUUUGCCAAUUAUUUCCAAGCGGACUCGAACCCUCGCGAAAUAAUCAAGCGCACCGUUGCUUAACUUGCCAGAUCGGACGGGACCGCUCUUUCGCUUUGCGCUAAAAAGGCAAAUUGUUGUCAAUAAGGGGAAAUUGCGAAAACUUUCUUUACAAUGAUAAAAAUAUUUUUUAAUUUGACUUUAUUGUUUCAAAUUUAUAAAAAAAUAUUUUAAAAAUUUCAAAUUAAAAAAAUGCAAAAACUUUGUUUACAGUGCCAAAAAACCAAAAAUUCAUAAAAAAAAAUUGAAAAAUAGUAUUUUAUGGAUAGCAUUGUACUUGCGGACCUAAACUAUCAAACAUUAAUGGCGUUUUCAUCAUAAACCACCUAAAGUAACAUCAAUUUCAGCAGCCGUUUGACGAAGAAUCGGCCGAAUAUUACCCACCCGCCUUUUGUGAAUUCGUCCACGCCUCCAAUGCUGUUUAUGUUGCAGUAGCUCUACAGACCACAUUCCUCGUCACCUUGUCGAUAUUGUACCAUUACUUUGAAGAGAAUGACUUUAUUCAUGCGGUCGAAGUGUUUCGACCGGCUUUGUUGUUUAUUGGCGGUGCCAAUUUGGUCGGAAUUGUCUUUGCGGUAAGUCAAACUGGAAGAAACUUUGUUUACAAAGAAGAAUUUUUGCGUUGGGUUCGGUCUAGGGUUCCAGGCUGGGGCUCUGUGCUAGGGCUAGACUAGAUGCAUUUCGAAGCUAAAACAUUUAAAGAUUGCAAAAACUUUCUUUACAAAACGUUUUUUUUAAUUUUCAAAAUUUUCAGCUAGCCGGAGCCAUAUUAGAAAAAAAAUCCUUUAUUUCCUUCCAAAGCCUCCUACUAACAGCUUUGGUCUUCCUAAGUGAUAUGGUAGCCUUGGCUUUGGUUACAGUAAUGGCUAUUGGAUCAAGGUCCAAAUUCACCCAAAGUGUACCAUCUUAUUUGGUAAACGACAAAAAGUUUGAGGCUCUAUUAGGACCAUUCUGGAUUUAUUUGUGUGCCAUUUUGUUCCACAUGUUGGCCGCUUCGAUUACCUGCAUUAUUGGUAUCAACAGGCGGUAUUCUAAGUACUUGACUGUAAGUUUUUGAUUUUUUUGAUUAUUUUAUUUGACAGAAAAACGUUUUUUACUCGAAAAACUUGUUUUAAAAAUUUAAGAUUUUCAUUUUUAUACAUUUUUUCAUGUUUUUUCAUUUUUUCUUACUAAAAACAAAAAUAUUUCUAACAAAAACGUAUUUCAAAUACGUCCUAGAACACUAAUUUACAAUAAAAAAAUGAAAAAAUAAAAAUUUUUAACUAAAAACGACCAAAAAGUUCAUUUGUUUCCAAGCGGACUCGAACCCUCUUGGAAUAAUCAGGCGCACCGUUGCUUAACUUGGCAGGUCGGACGAGACCGCUCUUUCGCUUUGCGCUAAAGGAGGAAAUUGCUGUCAAUAAAGUCAAAUUGCGAAAACUUUGUUUACAAGUAAUAAAAAUUAAGAAAAAAUUUUUUUAAAUUUAAAAAAAAUAAAAAAAAAUUUUUUUUAAAUAAAAAAAAAAUUUUAAACACGCAUUCCGUAUUUUACAAUAUCAAAAACUAUCCCCAAAUCAUCAUAUUACUAAAAACCACAAAACCUAAAUUGAUCAACCUUGUGCUUUCUAAAUAUAAUGUUGUUAAUGCGCCUGAUGACAAUUUUCUUUUGUGUUUCGAAGACCUUGACAAUACUGAUAAGGAAGAAGCGAAGUGAAAAUUCACAAAACGUUACUAAUUUAAGCCUUUUUCAGGACAAGAAUUAUCGUCCACUGGGGCCGGAGGCUGUUUCGCGGAACGCUUAA